GCAUUUCCGUCCGCCAUCCCUGCCGGUUCCGAGUACUUGGUGUUUCUCUUCCCAGCUCUCUGCAAUCAUGAAGGAUGUGCCGGCCUUCUUACAGCAGAGCCAGAACUCCGGGCCGGGCCAGGCCGCCGUUUGGCACCGUUUGGAGGAGUUGUACACGAAGAAGUUGUGGCAUCAGCUCACACUUCAGGUGCUUGAUUUCGUACAGGACCCAUGCUUUGCCCAAGGAGAUGGUCUCAUUAAGCUUUAUGAAAACUUCAUCAGUGAAUUUGAACACAGGGUAAAUCCUUUGUCCCUGGUAGAAAUAAUUCUUCAUGUGGUUAGACAGAUGACUGAUCCUAAUGUGGCUCUUACUUUUCUGGAAAAGACUCGUGAGAAGGUAAAAAGUAGUGAUGAAGCAGUGAUCUUGUGUAAAACAGCUAUCGGAGCUCUAAAAUUAAACAUCGGGGAUCUACAGGCUACAAAGGAAACCAUUGAAGAUGUUGAAGAGAUGCUCAACAAUCUCCCUGGUGUGACAUCAGUUCACAGUCGUUUCUAUGAUCUCUCCAGUAAAUACUAUCAGACAAUUGGAAACCACGCAUCCUACUAUAAAGACGCUCUACGGUUUCUGGGCUGUGUUGACAUUAAGGAUCUGCCAGUGUCAGAGCAACAGGAGAGAGCCUUCACAUUGGGGCUUGCUGGACUUCUUGGCGAGGGCGUUUUUAACUUUGGAGAGCUUCUCAUGCACCCUGUACUGGAGUCACUGAGGAGCACUGACCGGCAGUGGCUGAUCGACACUCUGUAUGCUUUCAAUAGUGGUGAUGUAGAUAGGUUCCAGACCCUGAAGUCUGCGUGGGGCCAGCAG